ACUGAAAGCCAUUUUGCUUGUUCUCUACAGUUUCUCGUAGCUGUUGCAGUACUCAGCCUGGCUUAUACAACCCUAGUUCCAAGCAUAUUUGGGAAGGUGAGUUAAUAGAAUGCAAUUUUCUGGUAUUUUUGACUGAGAAAAGACAAUGUAUCAAAAAGGUUGAUUAUCGAUAUCAGGAAGCCUUACGGUAUUCCUUUAAUACUUUAACAUUUUAUAUUUAGAUUGCAAUAUUGGUGGCAUACUAUAAUAAAUACCAUACUGCGCGAUGCAAACUCAGUAUAGCAAAGUACUGUUCUAAACGAACGAGCGGAAGAUCGCGAGUUUAAUUCCCGGGGUCGGAAAAGUACUCAGUAAACUUAUAUUACGAUAGCGGUCCCGUCUCCAGUACGGGCCUAAAACGUUGACUCAGCCAGUACUUUGGUGUGAAAUAAACUGACACUUAAAGAAGAUGGUCUCAUGAAUGUUACAUGUUUUUUUUUUUUUUAUCUUAUUUCAACUAUGUUUCUAGCGUGAACAUCUAACAAUGAAUAUCGAGGAGGAGGGAACGACUUUUGUACAAGAAAUUGAGAUUGACGUGAGCGAAAAGAUGGAAAUAUUUCGAGUUCCAUCUCACAACGACGUCGAAGGUGCCGAUUACUUUCAUGACUUUGAAAAGGUUGGUGUUUGAGCUAUCCCGGCGUUACAACAGAGGACAUCGAAUACUUGUGAUAGAAUACUUGCCCGUACCCUGCGAAUGGUGGUUUCACCAGGCCGGAAGCUUUAACGGAGAGAAACCACUGCGAGCGCAAAUUCCUGACAGGCAGUUAUAAGCGUAAGCAAAUGCGCGUGAGCUCAUGGACGGCGGCUCAAUCAAAGGAACAAACGUUCCCUCGCAGUGGUUUCUCUCGGCUUCGUAGCGUAGCGUCGGGGCUGGACAAACCACUGCUCGCAGAGUAACACGCCAGGCGAAUGCGAAUUCGUGACUUAAUUGGAAAAUGCAUGCUGAUUUUAAAGGUCAAAAGUUGAUUUGCUCCUAACUAUUGUGUUCAUGUUUAGCGUGUGACUGCCACCAAGAUUCCGUCUCAAAAAGUGUGCCAUAUUUCCGAAAUGGAUUCAUCGCUUUCAUCUCCUCGCAAAUUGAAGGCGGACAUGAAAAGGGUAAGGUGCUUCAUUUGCACAAUUGUAUCUCUUUUGUCACAGAAAAACUUUUGCUCUAAUCGGGGAAUUUUGCAUUUGUUACAGGGGUUUAUAGAAUAUGAUGGUUACCCGCCGGGUUUUUGGAAGGGUCAGGAUCAGUUUAUAACUGACAAACUGCCUAUGAUUCAUCCGACAGCUAACGCCCGGUGUACUUCUUGGGGUCCUACACUAGUUCCGAGUGCUUUAAACCCUUGUAUUUUGCUGAAGACGUGUACCGUGAAUAUGUUUCUUAAUCAGUUAAAUGUCUUUUUCAAAUGGACGAAAAAAAUAGUUUUAUAUAGUUACUUUUAAAACAGUGGCUCUAUGAUUAUUGCAGUUAUAACUAUACGUAUUCCAUUACCUACAGGCGGCUUCUCACCUUAACCAACUUCCUGUAAGAACCCAGCGAAGUCUGGUCAUGGUGACUGGUCCUGCAAACAGAACUCUUCUGUCAGAUAAGAUUUUGAAGUUUUGUGGAGCCUUGCCAAUUUACAACACAGAAAUGGUUGGCAAUCCAAUCUAUGAAAAUGGAGACGCAAGUAAGUCAGCAAUACACUGAUUCCAUAAAAAAGCGAGGCUUAAUAGCCCCCUUGAAAAUAGCACUGAUGAACGGAGAGAGCAUUGAGUGAAAGAAAGUGGUAACGGCAUGAAAUAUUGAAAAGAAAAACCGGUUCAAAAUACUGUAGAGCUGCGAACUGUAACGAUCGAGAACAGACUGAAAGUGGACCUGAUCUAUCAUUUACAAUUCAACCUUUGUUAUUACAGCUUUUAGCUGCACAACUGCUUUGCGACCAGUAAUUUCAUUUCUUAAAAAUCUCCUUUGCUGAAAUAGCUGUAAAUUUGUCCCGUAUUUAUAUUUACGAUUCCUUUGUCUAUCAUUUUCUCUUUUUCACGGGCUUUCAUCUACCAAAUAUUUUUCUGGAAGAUGGUGUGUAAAAACGUAAAUAACAACGACAGUCAAAAUAGCUUCGGGGCGGGCUUUUUUCGUUAAGGGAGAGCUUUUUCUCCAAUAUUUCUCCAAACUGCUUCGUGAUCUAAAGGGGAAAGAGUAGGAUUGUGUCGUGUAUCUACUCACAUAUGCUCGGUUCGUGGAGCAAAGACGAAGCCAGAAGUCCAAACAAGAUGUGAUUAAAACUAAAGAUCUGUGUAAAUCAUUGCAUCGAGUGAAUGAAUGACUGAACCGAUGUGCGGUUGUAUGAAUGAACAAAUUAAUGGCAAUCCAUUGGCAAGGAACAAACAAACAAACAAAAGCAAAGUAAAAGCCUGGGUUGCAAGACUCUUCUUAAGCUUCCAAUAACCUAUUCACUAUAAGCUCUACAAUGUCAUUUGUGUUUUUUGCAGUCAUCGGAACUAGGCGUUGUAAACGGGAGAGUAUCGGGUCUAACACGAUAACAAACUUCAAGAGCUGCCUCAAGUCAGACGGGCACGAUAUGUUUACAUACGUGAAGAAAGGGAACUGCACAGGCCGGAACGCUGAUUCAUGGGACAUACGAUGCAAAAUGAUACCUAGACUUCAUAAAUGCUUUUACUAUAUAACAUGUAAAAGGAUGCCUCAAGUUUAUUACUGGAACUGCACAUAUAACCAUUUAAGCUCUGAUAAUCCGUUUUGUUGCGAUCCAAUAUGCCAGGGGCAAAUAAUCACC